UUCCACAGCGUGAUUUAAGAUCCAGCACUUCAUCAACAAUAACAAUUCAAACUCCAGUGUCAAAUACAAAUAAGAAUCUUCAUCAUGUUAAUGCUAGUUCAAAAUCAACAAUAACAAGUCCUACUCUGAAUAGAAAAAUUGUAAAACCCAUUUUAAGAAGAAGUAAUUCUGCCAAAACUCCAUCAAAUUCCUCAAAAGCAAAGAAAAAAUCGACUUUAUCUCGAAACAAUGACACGAAUCGAUCGGAUGAAGCAAGUGAUUCUAUGGAUCAAGAUACCACAGAAAGAACAACAGUAUCAUUCGAUGACGUUGAAAUAAUUUCAGAUCCAAUCGUAAAU